AUGCUGCAGCUGAUGAUGCGCAUGACGACGAUCGGCAUGCAGGUGAUGGUGGUGAUGUUCCUGGCGAGGAGCAACAGCAAUAGGGCGAAGCUGUUGGAUGCAGCAGUGGAGCUGUUCAAGAACCGGUGCAUGAAGGAGGCCGAGCUCGAGAAGUGUGAAGCCACGAUCUCCUUCGAGGUCAUCACCAGGGAGAUUCCAGACUUCCCCAAGCGGAUUCUUACGGAUUCGACCUACUUUGUGGACUCGUGGCCCUCCGGCACCAGUGCAGAGUCCUGGUUCUAUGCAACGCGAGGAGUGAACUCGGCCUUCUCCCAGGGCGCGCCGAUCUUGUUCGCAGAGGUGGCGCUGCUGAUCGUCGAGGCAGGCUUCUGCACCCCGGAAAACCUGGGCCGCUUCAACGGCUUUCCGGAGCACCUGGAUACCGGCAUUUACUGGUUUGGCAAGAAUGACACAUCUGAGAAAGCCACCGCGAGCCCAUCGAAACUGUACAAUCCAAAAAAACCCACGAUGCUGUUCUUCCACGGCUGGACUGGUGAGGGUGUUGGUUGGACAAGCCAAUGCAAGCGCCUCACCACGAGAUGUCAUUCCGACAUGUGCCCCAAUGGAGGCGGUCAACAUUUGGUAAAUUCUUGGCUUGAUGAAGGCUGGAAUGUUGGCUUUUUCUAUUGGGACCAGUUCGCUGACGAAGAAUGCGUCAGAGAUGCGGAGCAGAAGUUGUGGUUCGACAAGCGUGCGGCCUAUUACCGGAAUUAUCACGAAGAAUUGGACGAGUUAUCUGUGGCAGACAUGUGUGCCCUGAGCGUCAAAAAAGCCAUGGGCACUUUUGAUGGCUCUCAAGUGCGGUUCGUGGGCCACUCUUUGGGCGCCCAGUUGGCUGUGCGGUGUGCCUCGAUGCUGCAUGUCGAGGACCAUCCCGCCGCUCCACACAGAGUGUCACUUCUGGAGCCCUACUUCACAAGACACAGUCAUGUCUUAUUGAAUUGUCAUGGUCAAAUUACAGCGGACCCAGGCCUCGGCGACUUUGCCGAAAGGUUGACAGUCGAGUAUGUUAUGAACAUGUGGAAAACCAAAGGCGUCGUUACGGAUGUUUACAAGAGUUCAUUGCUGACAGAGGAACGACCAGCUGCUUCCGCGUUCACCGUUAUGAAAAACAUAGUUACAGAAGGACCCUUCGGCGUCGUGGAAAAGGCUUUAGUAGGCAAUCUGGGAGCCGGCCUAACCACAGAGGGUCUGGACAUGUCGGCCACAGUGGUCGAAUACCAACCAGACUGGUGCGAAGACAUCCAAAGUCAAGUAUUUGGUGACGUGGAAAAUCUUCGGUGCAGGCAUUGUGCGUCUAUACCGAUGUACCUCCUGAGCUUCGAGCUCGAGCGCAGCGCGCCUGCCUUGAACACAGCCGAAGAUUCCGAAGAACCCGGUGCGUCCCGAAGCAGGUGCAUGAUGCCCUCCGCAAGUUGCGUCGAUGACCAUGUCCGCGAAUGGGUUCAACGACAGUUGGACAUGAAGCCAACGCACCAAAUCUGGAAUCAAAUUGCUGGGCAGCAAACGUUCGAUAAAUCGGACGAUGUGUUUGAGCUGACACCUGCAUUGGGCUUACAAAGUCCCGGGGAGGCACUAAGUGCCUCCCCGGUCCACAUGCCCGCCAAGCGGGAGCAGGACGCCUUCUUGCACUCUCCAAUUCUAUCGGCGAUUGGAAUUGUGAUGGUAUGUCUGGCAGUGGCAGUGCUCCACAGACAUAUGCAGUCCCAGAAUCCCCAGUUCGGCUUGAUGGCAUCGCCUCAUGGCUAUGCGGCAUCCUUCUUUUCAGGUCAUCCUGUUGUGCUUGCAACAGCUGAUGACCUGGUGUAG